AUGCCUAGCUAUGCUAAAUUCAUGAAGGAGAUACUCACCAACAAGAGGAAGCUGGAAGAUUUGGGGACAAUGAUGUUGAAUGAAGAAUACAGUGCUAUCUUGCAGAAUAAGCUGCCACCUAAACUAAAGGACUCAGGGUGUUUUACUAUCCUUUAUAUUAUUGGUUACAUGAAAUUUGAUAAAGUUCUUUAUGAUUUAGUUGGCAGACAAGUCUAUAAAUUCCCAAGGAGAAUUACUGAAGACAUACUGGUUAUAGCCGCACUAGACUGGGACUUGCCAUUUGAGCUGAUGUGCGACACUGGUGAUUAUGUAGUGGGGAUAGGAUUGGUCAUUGUGUUCGCCUUUGACAAGCUCAGAUCGUAUCUCAUGGAACAAAAGGUAAUUGUCUACACAGAUCAUGCGGCCCUGAAAUAUUUGAUGACUGAGAAGAAUGUGAAGCCCAGGUUGAUUCGAUGGAUACUUUUCAUUCAAAAGUUUGAUUUUGAGAUUUGGGACAAGAAGAAAAGUGAAAAUAUGCUAGCAUACUGCCUUUUAAGGCUUGAAUAA